UGAUGAGGAGGAGAAGGAGGAUCCCCCGGUGAGGACCCUCAGGGCGGAUGGGCCGGGGGCAACGGCGCCACGGUGUGGGACUCGGCGCUGUUGCUGGCGCGGUUCCUGCAGCUGCGGCCCGCCGAGCUCGCCGGCGCGGCGGCGCUGGAGCUGGGGGCGGGCGUGGGCCUCGUGGGCAUGUGCCUCGCCAAGCUGGGCGCCCGGGUGCUCCUCACGGAGCGCGCGAUCGCGCUGCCGCUGCUGCGGCGCAACCUGGCGGAGAACUCGCUGGGCGGCGGCCCCGCCUCGGCGGAGGAGCUCUCGUGGGGCACGGUGCCGCUGCCCGCGCCGGUGCGCGGCGCCGCGAACGCGGACACCGGCUUCUUCGAUGUGGUGGUGGGGAGCGACCUCAUGUUCCCCGCCAUCCUCGACUGCCUGCCGGCCCUGGUGGAGACGCUGCGUGCCUCGGUCGGCCCUGCCACGCGAUGCUGGAUCGCGCACGAGCCUCGGGCAGCGGGGACGGACCAGGCCCUGGUGGACGCGCUCGAGCCGCACUUCGUUGUGCGGAGAGAGCGCCAGGAUGCACUGCCUGAGGGCUCGCCAGAGGACCUGUGGAUGCGAGACGCCUCGCGCUCGCCCCUCUUUGCUCGCCUCCCCCCGCGGGGCUCGCCGCCGAGCAGCAGCCUGGACCAGGCGCGAGACAGACCUCGUCUGAGAAGGAGGCGGCAGCGCGCUGCUGCGGUGCGUCUGCGGGUGGGCACGCUGGGUGUGCUGGCUGCGCCCGAAGGGCUGCCGGCGCCACGGGCGGCACCGCGCCGGCGGGGACGGCCACGCCUCGAAGCGCCGGCAAGCCCGGGCCGCCAGCGCCACCCCCGCCGUGGCGCGCGAGCUCUCCUCCGUCAUCGGCGCCAUCGCCGCCGGCGCCGCCGCCACAGGGCCGACGCGGCGCGAGGGCGCCUCGCGGUCUGCGAGCCCGAGCCCCGAGGACGAAGGCCGCGGCCUCGGCGGGGAGCCCCGCGAGGCGUGCGGCCGGGAGCCCCGCGGGCCC